GGUCGAUGGUUUCUUCCGCGCAACUCCGAGCCAGGCUCAAGAUAAAACAACUCCGGUUAUUUUUCUGCUUAACGCAUGGUGUGACAAGAUGAUAGCAGACCGGAUGUCAACGCUGUUCUGCAACUGUUGCGACUGGAGAGAUGUUUUGAGGAUCAAGAAAGUGGUAGCUUUUUAGACCCGCCCUCCACACAACAGCCGAUACCUCCCCCCUUCAACGUUAACCACACCCCUUCUCAGUAUAAAAAAACAAAACUGCCCACCUCGCAAAACAACAGGGUCCAAACGGUUGUACCACAAGGAACGAUUCCACCAGUAAACCCAACGCCUCAAGCAGGCCCUUUCGCUGCUGAAGGUGCAGAGAUACAACCCGCGAACGCACCUCAAACUGAUCUGCCAGCAACCUCUUCACAGGCCCCAACUGCCAGAAGGGGAACACCCUCUUUAAAACGUAAGAGGCAACUAUCCAGUUUGGUGAAGCUACAUUCUACCACCCUGAGGUUUCAAGAAGCCAUCAACAAAAACUUAUCCAGAAUAAUUAAAGCCCGGAAGAUUAUCACAGAAACGGUGGAGAGUAUUCAGAAAAUUCCAUAAUGCGGCCGCAGAGGAACCUACUACAGUCGGAGAGCUGAGGAGCUUCUGAGAAGCUGCAAGUGUCUGAUGGACGAAAUCGCCAAGAUCUCAACGCUACAGUAGAGUUAACCUUUUAAAUUGUGACCUCUGUUAAAAUGGGUAGCCAGCAACUGAGAAAUGCAUUGAAUGAAAUUGUUGAAGCUGUGAAUGAACUCCGUAAUUUCCCUGUAUACCCUGCAACCGAAUUUCUCAAUCUAACCCCAAAUUCCCCCCUCAGAACUCAGGGUCCAGAUUUGGAUCUUGAACGUUUACUAUCUGUAGAACGAGCCAUCGAACGAUUAAAUGAUUCUUUCUCUCAACCAUACUCGCUUGAAAAUAAUUCCUUAGAGUUUCAACAGCAAGUUACAAAUGCUUUACACGAAAUCACACAAAUGGUUAAUGACCUUCAAAAUCUUCCUGUUCAGCAUGUGCCUGGUUCUUUCAAUGUAGCUCCACAUUCACUGUCCAGGUUAGAACAAGCGAUUCAUCAAUUAAACGUUUCUCUCUCUCAAACAUUUAGCCCUAAUCCUACAAACCUUCAGUAUGAGCAACAUGGGGGUAGUCUUGUAGAAAACGUUGAACAUAUUCCCUCAGGUUCUUUGAAUCAUGCUUCGCAAAAUCCCUCAUCCAACCAGCCUCAUCAGCCAAGCCUCAUUGCACCCAACCUCCCCACACUCGAUCGAGCAGAUGAACCGUGCACUAGUCAUGGAGAGCGAGCUGUAAACAGCUCUGAACAUACCCAACUAACUCAGAGAGAGCGAGAAGGUUUCAAUGUUACAGAAAUAAGACGUCCUUUCAACGUCGUUGCCUCGCGAGCCGGCGACGCUCCCAACCCCGCUGAAUUUUACACACAAGUGUAUCACAUUCUCACAGAGCUCGCAGAGUCAGCUGCUCGUUUGGCCUCUCGUAGCGAUAUUAUCCAACUAGAGUUGAGCGGAGAAGGAUUUUCUCAUCACGCCGUCGCACAAGUAAAUGAUGAACGUGAUUCAAUUCUGCCUGCAUUUCUGGAAUUUUUAGAGGAGCUAACGCAGUCAAACGCGGAAUUGCCGGAUCCAAACAACUUAGAAAUGAUUGUUCAGGUUGUAAGAAACCCUCAUGGAGGUGGACUGUGA